AAGGGACUGAAUUGUUCCCACAAGAAUAGCAAUACAAACUUGCCCUCUCUGUGUCUAAAAAUGUAAAGCAUUCGGACUGAACUUGAACCUCUAAGGUUAGGACAUUCAAGCACUUGUGGGUACAUAUCCUAUACAUUCCUACAGCUUUGUGGUUUAUCACUGAAGACUGAAGGAGUCUUGACUGCUGUUUGUUGAACUGUUUUCAUGGCAAUUAGGUGGACUUAUUACACGUUGGCAAAGGCUCCAGAAGUAAAUGGCUGAUUUCACAGCUUCUUGUGCCUUGGCAGUUGGGAACAUGUGGUAUUUGGUUGGUAUGAGAGGGAGAGAAUGAGCAUUUGGUUACUCUAUGUUUGGAGAUGACCUCUUUCAAGUUCAGUAACAUGACCCAUCUGCAGUAUUGCCAAAGCAGGGUCAAGGCAGCGUCACAGAGCCAAAGUGAGUGAAACCUAAGUUGAUGGACAACUUUAAUUUAGGCUACUGUCCUAUAUCUUUGUGGGUCAUUGAAGAGUAGAAGCAACUCAAAGACACACACACACUCAGGUCCACAUUUUGGUCUGUCUCAGUAUGUCUUCCAGAAGUCUGCUGUCUGAAGAGCAGUUCAAGUGUUCUAUCUGUCUGGAUGUCUUCACUGAAUCUGUCUCUAUUACAUGUGGACACAACUUCUGCAAGGCCUGUAUCGCUAUGUACUGUCAAUGCGAUAAUAUGUGUCAGUGUCCAUUUUGCAUGGAGCAAUUCUAUGGAGAACCUGAUUUUAAAAAGCUGGACAAACAGGAGUUUGAAUUCCUUGCCAAACCCGGAGAAGGGUCCAUUGAACAUAAACUCACAAGCAAGAACCAAACAAAAUGGAUGAACCCUUUGGUGAAACUGACCGAUAAGAAAGAAAAACUGAUGAACCCUGUUGACAAGAUGGUCAGCCCUGGGAAUACACAGGUUGUACAGAAGAUGUGUAAGAAGCAUCACAGACCCUUAGAGAUGUUCUGUAAGAGAGACCAGACAUGUGUUUGUGUCAUGUGCAUAAAAACAGACCAUGAAGCCCAUUAUACAAUUCCACUUCAGGAGGAAUAUAAAGAGACAAAGGUUCAACUGGGAAUAGAAAAUGGAGGUGUGCAGCACAUGAUCCAGGAGAGACUUGAGAAGGUUCAGGAGAUUCAACUCUCAAUAGAGAUCAGCAAGAGCGAUGCAGAGAGAGAGAUAUCAGACAGCAUUCAGGCCUUCACUGCUCUGGUGCACUCCAUUGAGAAAAGCCAGGCUGAGCUCAUUGAGGUGAUUGAGGAGAAGCAGAAAGCAGCAGAGAAACGGGCUGAAGGGUUCAUUAAAGAUCUGGAGCAGGAGAUCACUGAGCUGAAAAGGAGAAGCACUGAGCUGGAGCAGCUCUCACACACUGAGGACCACCUCCACCUGCUCCAGAGCUUCCCAUCCCUGAGCACCCCUCCACACACCAAGGACUGGUCUGAGAUCAGUGUCCACAGUGAUCUGAGUAUUGGGACAGCAAGGAGAGCAGUGUGUCAGAUUGAGGAUACAUUGGUAGAUGUUUUGAAGAAGUUGUGUGAAGCUGAACUGAGGAGGACCCGUCAGUAUGCUGUUGAUGUAACUCUGGACCCAGACACAGCCCAUCCAAGACUCCGUCUGUCUGACGAUGGGAAAAGAGUCAAGCAUGGAUAUGUCAGGAAGGAUCUCCCUGACAACCCAGAGAGGUUUGAUCCUGUUGUCUUAGUCCUGGGAAAGCAGGGCUUGUCCUCAGGUAGGUUCUACUAUGAGGUGCAGGUUGAGGGGAAGACUGAGUGGGAUCUGGGAGUGGCCAGAGAGUCCAUCAACAGGAAGGGGGAGGUAACAGUAAGCCCUGAGAAAGGACACUGGACAAUAUGGCUAAGAAAUGGAAGUGAGUACAUGGCUCUCACAGACACCCCUGUCCUCCUCUCCCUGAAACAGAAGCCCCAGAAGGUGGGAGUGUUUGUGGAUUAUGAGGAUGGUCAGGUCUCCUUUUAUGAUGUGGAGGCAACGUUUCACAUCUACUCUUACACUGGCUGCACCUUCACUGAGAAGCUGUACCCGUAUCUGAGUCCUUGUCUUAAUGACGAAGGUACCAACUCAGCUCCUUUGAUCAUCACCCCUGUACAAAAGAGUUAGUCACAACAUCUUCUAUACAGUACAAUGUUCUUGUCUCCUAACGAGACCUGGCACAUUUUGUCUGCUUGUGUUAAUUGUGAGCUUUUGUCACCAUGUAAACAAAGUUGUGUUAGUACAUAGUUGGGGACUGAGCUGAAGUCAGUAAACUGUGAACAACUAGGUUGUUUACUCUUGAUUUUUGUUUAUCUUAUACGUGAAAUAGUAGACCUGUGCUUUUUCUUGAAGAAACUAACCCAGAUUCCACAUAGUGGUUAAUGGCUCUGUGCAAUACAAUGCAAAGUAUGUUACUUAAAGCAAUGUUUGAGUGCCACCCAAGAAAUCUUGCUUAAAGCUUCAGGUUAGCAAUUAUUUGGAAAUCCAUGUCAAAGUUUUUACCGUUGUUUGCUAACUGGCAUUUUUGUCUGUGUUUUUAACCAGAAACCAGACCUAAAGAUUAGGAUGCUGCUAACAUGAUGUCAUCAUCUUAACAUUCUUAUUUAGAUUUGUUGUGUGUCAAUGGUGUAUACCCCAGUAUAUGUGAGAUCGAAAUUGAAAACUGAUGGAUUAAACUAGUGCACAAGA